CCUUUUCCCAGGGGUGAGAGAGAGGAGCCGUUCCUACCUGAAUCCUAGCGCUGGGGCUUGAUGGGAAACAGCCAGUGCUGGUCGUCAUGUGUAGCAUUUCCCCGUGCAGUGGCGGACCCUGCAGCCCAUCGCUGGGGCGGGCCGCAGUGCUGUGCCUGGGGAAACUGAGGCGCGGGGGUAGGAGGCGAUUUGGCUGAGGUCUCGUAGGCCCCAGGGCCCCGGGGAGCCUGGCCAGUGCUGCCGCUAGAAGCUUUUUCAAGGUGCCUGGUGCUGCCAGCCGCAGCUGUCCACGGACAGGAGACAGACUGACACGGCCCGUGGGAAGCAGAGGCCUCCUUGUAUGACCCACCUGGAUGUGGCAUCACCAUAUCUUGGGCCAUGGAGGUGGCAAGCUUGCUAGGGGUCACAGAGGCUGCGUUAGGAGGAGCCUGGGGAGGACACACAGAGCAAAAUCCCUUGGAAAAAAGCAACAUCUUGCAGCCUGGAGGGAAAACCUCCAGCCUGGUACUGUGCUGAGCCCAGAGGCUACCUGUCUCCUACACCCGAUGCCCCGCAAAAGGCUUCAAUUCAACCACAGGAGCUUGGGAAAGCCUCUUCACCUGGGAAAUAUGUCCAGGCACCUAUCUCCGGAGGGCGGCCAGCGAGACUCUGUCCGGGGAGCUCGUUAAUUCUUCCACAUCCUGGACAGAGCCCCCAGGUGCGGUGUGGAUGGAGGCUGAAAAGCAAGACUCGACUUAGACUCUGGAAACUUUAUCGUGACAAAGCUGGUCCCCGCUGGCUCCCGGGAGCAAAAGCCACUGAGGGUACGGCAGGCAGCCCCAGUAUCCCAACGUCUCCCUUCAAGCAGCAAAACAUGCCCAAGGACCCCCGUCCCUGCCGAUGUCAAGGAGUAGAAGGGCUUUCCUGGGACCAGCCAGAGUCAGCACCACGGAUCCCUGCCACUUUGCUCUCCUUGGAGCCGCAGUGCCAGCAGCAGGAGAGACAACUCCAGACAGCAAAGGCAGGAUGCUAGGAUGUGCCUCUGAGAUGAACACCACUGCCUGUCCAAGGGUUGAGGAGAUGCUUGAGCUGGGCUCACUUGUGGCAGGGAACCAGAGUUGCGGGGAGCCCCAGGUGACAGCAGGCAGCUUGGCCAGUGGUGGGUUCAAUGCCAGUAUCCCAGGAGAGGAGGUCUUCCUGCUGCCCACAUUCUCCACCGCCGCCAAGGUGCGGGUGGCCAUCACCUGCGUCCUCUUCCUCUCCUCUGCCUGCUUCAACAUCGCCGUGCUCUGGACAGUCACACGGAAAUACCGCAAGAGGCCACACGUCCGCAUCCUUAUCGUCAACCUGGCAGCGGCUGACCUACUGGUGACCUUUGUAGUGAUGCCCUUGGACGCGGUGUGGAACAUCACUGUGCAGUGGUAUGCGGGUGAUGUGGCCUGCCGGGCCCUCAUGUUCCUCAAGCUGGUGGCCAUGUAUGCCUCGGCCUUCGUCACCGUGGUCAUCAGCCUGGACCGCCAGGCUGCCAUCUUGAACCCGCUGGGCGUGGGCGAUGCCAAGAAAAAGAACAAGGCCAUGCUGUGCGUAGCCUGGGGCCUCAGUGUGUUGCUGGCGCUGCCGCAGAUCUUUGUCUUCCACACGGUGAGUCGGUCCCGGCCCAGCUACUUCAUCCAGUGUGCCACAGUGGGCAGCUUCAGCGCCCACUGGCAGGAGACUCUUUACAACAUGUUCACUUUCGCCUGCCUCUUCCUGCUGCCCCUGCUCAUCAUGGUGCUAUGCUACUCCCGCAUCCUCCUCGAGAUCUCGGGCAAGAUGAAGAAAGCGUGCGUCUCCUCCCAGGAGAUCCACCUCCGCCGCUCCUACAACAAUAUCCCGCGGGCCCGGCUGCGCACCUUGAAGAUGUCCAUCGUCAUUGUCUUCACCUUCAUCGUAUGCUGGACUCCCUACUACCUCCUGGGCAUCUGGUACUGGUUCUCCCCAGACAUGCUGACCCGGGAGAAGGUCCCGCCCUCCCUCAGCCACAUCCUCUUCCUCUUUGGCCUCUUCAAUGCCUGUCUGGACCCCCUCAUCUAUGGGCUCUUCACAGUGCACUUCCGCAGGGAGAUCUGGCGCGCCUGCCGCUGCACCCGUCGUGGGAAGGAGCCCGAGGCCGCCUCCAUGCUGACCGGCUCUUUCCGCAUCUCCACCACGGCUGUGCCCACCCGGAGAGCUGGCGAGGGCCACGAGGGCUCUGGCAAGUACGAGAUGGAGGUGACGGCGGGCACAGCCCCACCCAGCAAGAGAUGCGAGCUGUGCCGGAGGAGGAUGGUGGAGAGUUUCAUGUGAUAGGACCUUGGCAUCUCUGGUCUGGACUCAUAGCUGCCUCCUGGCUGAGGAGGAACAAUCAAGUGGCACCUCCCAGAGGUAACCAGUAGGGCUGUCACUGCAUCACUUGCACACCUAGCAAUAAAUCUGGAUUAUUUUCUCA